CACCCAUCUAUUUGCCUAAGGUCACUACCUCAAUGAUGGAGUUAAUCAUUCUAUCAUAUAGCAGCAAAAUAGGUGUAGGCCAUAGUAGUGUGACGCCCAAUCAACACCCAUAGCCUAGAAUAUUAAUUGGGUCUACAUGGCACUGAAAAAUCAUGACUCCCAGCUUUUGGUUCAUUAACCAUUUUUGAUGGUGGAUUACUUGCAUUGAGUGCAAACACCAACAAUCUCACAGGUCCCAUCCCAAAAAGUUUGAAAAAUUCCAUAGCUUAUACAGAGUUAGGCUUGAUGGAAACCAAUUUUCAGGAAAUAUAUCAGAAGAUUUUGGCUUGUACCCAAACUUGAUUUACAUUGAUUUGAGUCAUAACAAUUUCUAUGGCAAGCUAUCUCAAAAAUGGGGAAGUGUCAUAAUUUAACUAGCCUCAAAAUGUCUAACAAUAAUAUUUCUGGUGAGAUACCGCUUGAAUUGGUCGAGGCAGCUCAGCUACAGAAACUUGACCUCUCUUCAAAUCAUCUAGUUGGAGAGAUACCAACAAAAUUGGGAAGGUUGGUUUCAUUGUUUGACCUUAAGCUGAAUGAUAACAAACUCUCGGGCAACAUUCCUCAAGUGUUUGGCAAGCUUUCCAAUCUGGAGAAUCUUAACUUGGCAGCAAAUAAUCUAAGUGGUCCGAUCCCUAUAGAACUGGGGGAAUGCUUGAAACUAUUAAGCUUGAAUUUGAGCAACAACAGAAUUGGGAAAAACAUUCCUUUAGAGAUAGGCCAUUUACAAGGCCUUCAAAGGCUUGAUCUUGGUUACAAUUUGCUAAUAGGUAAGAUACCACAACAGAUUGGUGAAUUACAAAGCUUAGAAACAUUGAAUCUCUCCCAUAAUGAGCUCACUGGUUCCAUUCCAUUAUCUUUUGAUAAUAUGUUAAGUUUGACAUCGGUAGAUGUAUCUUUCAAUCAGUUGAAGGGUCCUAUUCCUAACAUGAAAGCUUUCCUAGAGGCUCCAUUUGAGGCGCUCAGAGGUAAUAAAGGUUUAUGUGGUAAUGCUACUGGUUUGAAGACUUGCUUGCCUAAAAUGAACAAUGAGAUUGGUUAAAAAAGGACAAACAAAGUUGUGUUGCUAGUUGUCCUUAUUUUUGGAUUUUUAUUGCUUUUUCUAAUGGUUCUCAGAAAUUUUUAUGGCUUUUCAUAAGAAAGUGAGGAACACAAUAGAUGAACCAAGACAAGUACAUAAUCAAAAUUUGUUUGCAAUUUGGAGCUAUGAUGGGAAAAUGGUGUAUGAAAACAUCAUUGAAACGACUGAGAACUUCAGUACCAAGCAUUGUGUUGGGGAGGGAGGAUGUGGUACUGUUUAUAGAGCUGACCUUCCAAGUGGUCAGGUAGAUGCUGUGAAGAAACUUCAUGAAUCACCCGAUGGUGACUUGACUAAUCUACAAAGCUUUAUGAGUGAGAUCCGUGCAUUAACAGAGAUUGGCCAUCAAAACAUCGUAAAACUUUAUGGUUAUUGUUCACACCCGAGGCACUCGUUUUUGGUUUAUGAGUUCUUGGAAGGGGGAAGCUCAGGAAAUAUAUUGAGCACAGAGGAUCAAGUAUUACAAUUUGAUUGGAUUAAGAGAGUGAAUGUUGCCAAAGGUGUGGCAAAUGCUCUGUCUUAUAUACACCACGAUUGUUCACCUCCAAUCAUCCAUCGAGACAUAUCAGGCAAGAAUAUCUUGCUUGAUUUAGAGUAUGUGGCUCACAUCUCAGAUUUCGGCACAGCUAGAUUUAUGAAGCUUGACUCAUCCAAUUGGACUUCAUUUGCACGGACCUAUGGGUAUGCUGCUGCUCCUGAACUUGCUUAUACAAUGGAAGUGAAUGAGAGGUGCGAUGUUUAUAGUUUUGGGGUGCACACACUGGAAUUGAUUACGGGGAAGCAUCUGGGUGAUCUAAUCUCCUCUUUGUCAUCGUUGUCAUCCUUCUCCUCAUCAACAUCAACUGUGCAUGGGAUAUUAUUGAAGGAUGUGUUGGAUCAACGUCUCUUACCUCCUAAGAAUCAAGUGGCAGAGCAAGUAGUUAUGGUUGUGAAACUAUCAUUUGCAUGUUUACAAACCAAUCCAUUGUCUCGGCCAAGCAUGAGACAAGUUGCCAUGAAGCUAUCAGAUGAUCAUGUAACCAUGAAGAUAUCAGAUGAUCAAAGUCCGCCUUUGUGAAAUCAAUUUCACAUGAUAACUUUAGGACAACUCUUUUGAUAUCGCCUGCUUGACCUCUUGAGUAUUUGCCAUCUAUCCUACUAUAUGCUGUUCUUGUUUUUCAUUUUUGACAUUUUGUAGUCUAUUUUUCUGCUCUUUUUCACUACUAGCACUUUAAAAAAAUUUAAAUAACUAAUUUAAAAUAUCUAUAAGCACAACCCAAUAGCUGCAAGCAU